AUGGCUAAUGGAGAGUAUGAUUGGACACCAUCGUGUGGUAUAUUACCUAAGGUUCAUUUGGGUAAUGAUGACGAUGAAAAUGUUGACUUGGAUAUGGAAGAAGGUUCCAGUGAUAGUGAAGAUGCAAGUGUUGGAGCAACUUUUGAAUUUGAAAAUAUUAAUUUGAAUACUUCACAAGGUGCUGUUAGCCAAAGUAGUGGACAAAAGAGAAAGAGAACUAGUGGUGCUGAAAAGAAAGGAAAGAAAAAAUCAACUCCUUCAUCAGCAAUAACUGAUGCUGUUAAUGUAAUUGCAGAGACUUGUAAGUCACGACAUGAAGCCAUAACUAAUGCAUCUAUUGGUGAAAUGAUGGGUGAGAUCCAAAACGUGGAUGAAGUUACAAGUGAUUUAAAAUUUCAUAUAAUGUGUUGUCAACUAAUGAUGUUUAAGCCAACACGUGAGAUGUUUGUAUCACUGCGAGGUUUUGAGGAUAUGAGGUUGAAUUAG